CUCUUUGAACUGUUCUCAUUUUUAUGCCAUAUUCUUUCAGUCAGCAGUUUUGACCUUGAAAAGAAUCAAAAGAGAUGGGUUGUGAUCGGGAUUUGCUUGAACAGGCUUCUGUUGCCAGUCCUCAGGGAUUUUGUGGCUCAAGAAAUUCCCAAACACUAUGCGUCCCUGAAGAGUGCACACGGAAUUGACACUCAAGUCUAUGGAAGACAUAAGACUCAUGAUGGGCCAUCUCAGCUGAACUAUGGAAGCAUCAACAAUAACUGGGGGAAUUUUAAGAAAAAAUUGCGUUCAUAUGAUUACAAAGUUGGAACAGCUGAAGACCUGGCUAAACUUUAUCUUGAGCCACACAUGGCCAAGUUUACAGGUACUCAGAACGAAUCGAGUGACUUGCCCUUUCGGUGUAACAAAUAAUGUAUGCCAUUAGUUUCCCUAUGGGUCUGUCUUGUAAGAAAAUUCGUUUCGUGCUUUAACAUACAGUUGCGAAAACUAGAUCACUCUUUGGGAAUAUCACAAAUUCCUUCCAACAUCAGAAGACAAGUUGGGGGCCAAAAGCUAGAAAACUAAACUGAAGCCGGAAAGUCAUCUACCCUUAUUCAGUGACGCUUAUUCAUUGAGGGUUUUUUAAUGAUAGAACUACACAGGUUCAGGGACAACGCAACGCUAAUUAAUCCAGCACCGCAUUGAAAAAUUAACAAGGGUCUCUCAUGAGCAACUAUGCUGGAGAAAUUGAUUCAUGCAUAAUAUAAUGUUUAUAUUAAACGAGAUGAUUUUUCCAUAAGGUUCUGACAAAAUGACUUCACAAGCGCGAUAGAUUUAACUCUUAAUAGUGUGUAAAUAUACAAUUGUUGUAUGGUAUAGUUUCGCCUUUUUCUUAAGUUUGGUACAUUUUAACUUAAACAGAACUUGCUCGUUAUUCCUAUGUUCUCUCUCUUACAACACGUAGCAUCACCUUAGAUGGAAACACAGAAAACAUUUGUCAGUUUAAACUUGUGGUAUAAGCCCUGCGUUGCCGGAGGGGUGGGGGGGGGGGAAAGAUGUAAGCAAGGCUUCACUUUACCUCUUUUGUUACAACUAUUCCCCUCUUUUGUUGUGUCAUUCGAUUAUAACGCAAACUAAUAUUAUUUUAGCAAAGACUUGCAUGUGAAAAACAGAACGUUUUCUAUUGAAACAUAGUCAACUCCAUCCUCAAAUUCACCCGAAGGCUGAAGGGUUACGGCUGGAAAACAAAGGCAUACCUCUCUCAUUCUUUAAACCACGCCAUAACUUCAGAGCUAUUUUUAUGCUAAAGGUACAGGGAUGCCCUUGGGGAUAGUUUUAACCCCAUAUUUACUCCAAAUAUGGAGGUAAAGUAACUUUCUGCCACUGGAGUUAUUGUUACCCUUCUACUUGUGUCAUUUUAACUCUACCGCAUAGGAAAAUGACUCCUAUUUGGAGUUAAAACUACAGUGUAGGCGGUUGAUAUAUCUAACCCCACCCAGGGAGUAAUGCACUGUGCAUUUGCAGGAUUUGAUAAUACAUGUGACCUGUCAGCAGUCCUGGGGAUUCUGGAGAGGGCGUCUGUUUUUCACAAUCGUGUCCAGACCAAUGCCAGGGAUGUGCGCUCUAAAGUAAGAAAUGAGUGGGGACACUGCAACUUUGACCACUGGACUGAGCUAGAGUUCCAGAACAGUUUUCAACUUAUGGAGACCAUGGUUCGUUCACUGGGGCUACCAAAAGUUGAUGAAGACAAACAACUUGAUGAACUUCAAGAUUGGGAAACUAAGGGUACGUAUUACUGAACGGGUAAGGGAUUGGACGUAUAUAUCAACUUUACAUCAAAGAUAAAGUUAUAUCAGAUGUUCCUUUGUGGAGGGGGGGGGAGGGAGGGAAGGGAGGCUUAAUUAUAGACAUGACCAGAAACAUAGAGAGCGUUUGUGUUUAUUGAUUUGUUUGGGGUUGUUUUGAUUUGCUAUAUGGGAAUCUUGAUUUAUAGGCUUACAACUGUGCAUGGGCUGCCCAGUGGAUAAAGAUUUAAUGAAGCUUAUCAGUGUUGAAGUUUGCAACCUGGAAAAGGAGGUGGAUAAUUUAAAGCAAUCCAGCGCCGAUGAAGCCAACAAGAUAAGUGCUGCCCUUCAAAUUAUCAGAGACGAAAUUGAUAACUUUGACAAGCGAAUAACUGAGAUUGAAAGAAAAGUGGAGGCAGAACGAAAGGAGCGGUUAGAAAAAGAGGAGGCUUUGUCGGAUGCAAUUGCAGAUAUUUCAAGUAACGUUGUAGAAGUAGACAAACGUAUAGAUGCUAAUGAAGGGGACAUUGCUCUGUUGCAAGAAAAGCAAAGCGAUUUAGAAACAACUGUAUCGUUUGUUACAGAUGAACAAGCUCGUUUAACUGCUGAUGUAGGGGCUUUAAAAAAGGAGCAAAGUCAGUUAGAUGCGAGGGUUGACGCCCUAGAAAAGGGGAGUUCUAAGACGACAAAUGCUAAAAUUUUUCAAGUACCCAGCCGCAAUCGUUGCUUUUGUGGUCGCGAUAGGGAAUUAGAAGCAAUUGUAGCGAAACUAAAAAACACCCCAAAUGGUUGUAUUCACUCAGCUAUUUGUGGUCUCGGUGGUGUUGGUAAAACGUCUCUCGCAGUUGAAUUUCUUUGGCGAAAUGAUAAAGAAUAUCCCGGGGGUAUAUUCUGGAUUUGUGGCGAAAAUAAUAAUCUUUUCCAAAGGACCGUCGGGGAGAUGGCGCGUCAAAUUGGAACGUUUGAAAACGACUUUGACAAAUCCUUGUCGAGGACCCUUGAUUGGCUUGGAAAACGCGACGACUUGUGGUGUUUGGUCGUCGAUAAUCUUGACGAGUUAGAAAUGUCCACAGAAAUGCGUAAACUGCUUACUGGCCACUGGAAAUAUAUGGCUCGUGGUCACAUCAUCAUAACAACAAGAAGGGAGGUUUCAGAAAUUGGGGAAGAAACAGGAAUUGACGAGAAGUGUUGCAUUGACUUAAAAUGCUUAACGGAAGAAGAAGGCAUUCAGUUCCUACGGCUGCGAACUGGGAAAGAUCGGGGAGAAGAAAACGAAUUGCGUCAACUGGUCAGGGAACUUGGAGGACUGCCAUUAGCUCUUGAUCAAGCUGGGGCUUAUAUACGAUGGGUUAAACAAUCCAUAAAGGAGUAUAUGAAGAAAUACAAGAAGCAGAAGCUGCUACUCUUGGAAAAGAGACAGGCCCAACAAUUCGUCGAAAACACUUCUCCUGAGCGGCUAGCUGUCCACACAACAUGGAUUUUAAAUUUUCAUCACAUAAGGCAAAUCUCAGAAGAGAUGGAACUUGGAAGGGCUCCCAUUCUUUUUAUGCAGGUUUGUGCUUUUUAUGGCCCUGAUGACAUUCCAUACGAGUUGGUCAAUAAAGGGCUAAAGGAGGAUGGCAGUUCAGAAGAUAGCAGUCUUUGGGAUCAAGCCGAGAUAGUAUCGCUUCUCACCAAAUUUUCCCUGUUUCAAAGGUACGGUACAGAUUCGUUUUGUGUCCAUCGCUUAGUGCAAGAAGUGAUUCGAAGUCAGCUGGAAAAAGAGCAAAUUGAGUUGAAUGUUCUCUCUCAUGCUGUAUGUGUCCUUCAUCAAGCACUGAAAAAUACCCGAUCACCGGCGGAAGUGUGCGAAAGUUUCGUUGAAGACGCUGUUUUUAGUGUGAACAAUCCCCCUUCGUUGCAUCUGUGGGGUAAGUUAGCCUCACAUUCCACCUAUUUGCAGGGGCAUUUGCGCAGUUACUCAGCCAAGCAUAAAGAGUCAGUUCAUGCCUUGCUGUACACAGAAGAAACAGUGCGAGUCUUGAACGAAGCGGGUAUUUUUUUCAGUGUUUCCCAAGAGAAAGUUAAGGCUCAAGAAAUACAGGAAAUUAAAUUGGACUGUCUGGUGAACGUCAAAAAGUCCACCGCAGAGGAUGGCACCAAAUCGUUGAAGUAUUUCAUUGACAUCCCUUUAAAGGACAGAGUCUACAAGCUGAUUUCCCACUGUAUGAGGCAACCUGAUCCAGAUGGCAUUUCUGUCGAUGAAUCAGAUACUUUCCGUGUCACAAGAGAGGACAAUGCUAACCAGCUAAGGGAACAAGGUAAUCUCGCAAUACAAAGUGGCAACUUUCAAGAGGCAUUGGAACUUUAUUCUAGAGCCAUUGAUUUGAAGGUCGAGGACUAUCGACUCUUCGCCAACCGAGCUCUUUGUUAUUUAAAACUUCGCCUGCCUCAGCAAGCUCUAGAAGACUGUGAAAGGUGCCUCGCCCUAAAUCCCAACUAUAGCAAAGCACUUCAACGUAAAACCUGGGCACUUCAUGAUCUCGUUAAAAAAGGUACUACCUACCUCAACGGGCAAAGGAAAGCAGCACUGGCAGUGACCGUUCACUUUCAUCCCAGUCUUCGUAAUGACAAAACGUUUUGUGAAAUGUUUCCGGAUGUACAUACACACUGGGCCCGAGAAAUAAACAGCGCAGCGCAAUUGGCUUUUGCCCUAAUGACGACACAAGGAAAUGAAACUUUACUUUUGCACGAAGGAGAGUACAAUUUAGAGUCCUUCUUAUCCUUUAAUGACAUCCAGAUUGUAGGUCUUGGAAAGGGAGCCACUUUAAUAUGUCCCAAACACUGUGUAAUUUUUGAUUCCAGUUGCUUUCUCGAGAAUAUCAUUUUCCCCAAAGGAAACAUAGGUCUAGUCUGCCAAGGCAAGAAAGCAGUUAUUCAUAUGAAUCAGUGUGAAAUUUCAGGAGGCCUGAGAAGUUGUGAGGAUUUUCCGGAAUGUAACGGAGGUCCUGGAUGCAAAGCAGCCUCUCAGGGAAAGCCUGUCUGUAAUCGUACAGGAAAAUAUGGAGAACCAUUUUCCAUCUCUGGCAUGGUAGGCUCUUCUGGAAUCCAGAUUGUAGAUGGCGCGUUUGGAGUUAUCGAAAACUGUAAAAUUCAUAACUGCGGUGGGGGAGCCACUCUAGUUGCAAUGGAAGAUUCUCGCAUGGAGGUGAGAAAAUGUGAAGUGUACAAAAACAACCAACAAGGCCUAGAAGCCAGAGAAGGUGGAAAACUAGUUGCUUUUGGAAAUCGUAUAUUUGACAAUAAUUACCAUGGCAUCGUUCUUGGUCCGAUGGCAGGCGAAUGUAACAUCAGUGGCAACAAUAUCUUUGAAAAUAAAAGAGAGGGCAUGCUUGUCAUCACAAAUUCGAAGAAGAUAGACAUACAUAACAAUGAUGUUCAUCACAACGGGCCGUUUGGCCUUUCUCUUGAUAACAAUUCUCACCUUUUGAUUCGUAAGAACAGGAUAUUCGAGAACGGAUUUUGGGGUAUCAUGGCAAAAACACGAACGUCCGCAAAUAUAACAGCAAACGUUAUCUCUGGCAACAAAUGUGGUGGCAUUUACAUAGGUGUUAAUUUUUCUGGGAGAAUUUACCUAGAAUCAAACAUUGUCCGAGAUCAUGGUGGGCCGUGGCUUGAGUGUGCUAAAACCAUGGACAGUUUUCCCGUCGAUGAAAGAAAAUUACCGAGCGAUAUAAGAAAGACCCCCGUAUAUAUUCCAAGAGGAGAAAAGUCCGAGUUUUAUUCUAAACCUCCCACUCUCAUUGGAAACAAAGUAUUUAACAACGAGGAGGGCAUUUAUCACCCACGAGAGGUCGUUGAACGAGUUUACAGUGGAUGCACAUUUUGUCGACGCUCAGGCAAUAACGUGAGCCACCUUAUGAAGUGUUCAACUUGUCACAUUGCGUCUUAUUGCAGCAAAGAAUGCCAAAGCAAACAUUGGCAAACGCACAAAGCACUCUGUGAAGCUCUGAAAACCCGUUAUUCUGUGACAGUGAAGAUUCUUUCUUUAGACAAGUUUGGUCCAGGGCAAGGGAAAUCUUCAGUUCGCACAUUUGGGUCUAAUUUGAAAGGGCUUGGUACUGGCCCUAAGCUCAGUCGAAAGAGUCGUGAGAAGUUCAUUGUAAAAAUUCAAACCCAAAAUCUUAAUAGCCAUCCGUUGCAGUUGUUGGUCGUUUACGACAAAAGCCUCUCUCUAGAUUGCACCAUUCAAAGCUCAGAAAUCUUCAGUGUGAUUAUGGAAUGCGGCGUUCUUGGGGAGUUAAACAAAUUCACGAGCAAAAAAUGUUUUUUCUGGGCCAUGUUUGCAGAGAAAAGAGAGCAAUUGACAAUUUUUCUGGACCACCUGGCUCCAUAUCAAGAGUGGUAA